GUGAUGCGAGGUCGCUGCAGUUUGUGCGUCGUUGGGAUCCCGCCGUCAGCGCCACGAACGGAGUGACACUUUUUAUUUUCUGUUUUUACUCUCGCGGGGUUGGGUUGGGUUGAGUUUUAUUUUUCCCACCUGCUCCCCUUCAUGAACGGCAACGUAUUCCAUCGGAUUCCAUCGGAUUAGUUAGGCAGCGCCACGGACACUUAUGUUCCAUCGCUACUGGUGUCAGUUCCCAUUGGAUGUUACCGCAACCUCAGGGCCAUAUCCGUCCUUUCUCUUCCGUUUGUGGAGCUACUACUUUAUGGCUUGAGGUUUUGGUCGAUGUGAGUGCAGCGCGGGCAGAGUUGUGUGUUGCGAGCACGAGUACGAGGGAUUAGCAUGAGUCUGGAUGGCGCCAUUGCUUAGACUUGCAAAGCAGAGUCUUCUUUACAUCUUCUUUGCAAAUUCAGAGGGCUACGCGGAGUUGUUGUGGGGAUCGCGGACGAGGUGAAUCCUCUUCUCAAUUCUGUGACAAUCGCUGUGAGCUUGAACAUACGAAACGAUGACUCUGAACACUUUGCGGAGAUUGGUGCUCGCUGUGCCUGACCGGAGAAGCAGGAGAUAGCGGACGGACGAAGUCUGAAUUUUUCCCCUGCAAACGAAGUCUGAUUUUUGGAGUGGAACAAUCGGCUUGUGACGAUGAGCUCAAACGGGAUUUCUCGCUCCCCUUUCGGAAACUUUUCCAGCGCAAUCACCAGGCGCACCUCAGCAGACGUGGACAAAAUCGAAGGCUUGAGGUUGAUCGAGCUCCCUUACUCGCCCUUAAUCCGCAAUGAUCACUCCGACACGGACGAUUUCGAUGACCUUUUCAUCUCUCCUCGGGAUUAUGGAAGCCGGCAAGCGUACUUGCGUUCCUACACCUUCACGAGAGCGGAGCCAAAGGCGCCGGAGAAAAUCAAGAAAUCGUUGCUGCGUUUGAAAGCCGCGGCAUGGGCUGCCGUGGCUUGUAAAUACCGGCUCCCGCUGCGAGCUCGAUUACUGAAAGAGAGGAUGCUUAUUAAAACCUCAGAGUAUCUCAGCAACGGUGUGCACUACUUGCGUCCCUCAUGUGUACAGAUGCCCAAAUGCUUGAUGGCUGGAGCCUAGUCGUCACUCCUCUCGGAAGAGUCGGGACAUUUCUCGUCGCCAGUCUCCAAUCUUCCACAGAUUGAACCCAGCUCGAUGUACUGUCGUCGUAUUUACCCAUCAACGCUCCUGCCGAAGUCUUCCGCUGGAGCGAGAGAGUGAUUUUUGCUGCUUUUUGCACGGAUUGCUGCAGAGAAGGGCCCACGUUCGUGAACCCGUCAUCCGGGUAUUUUUUAUUUUGAUGAUUCUGACACCCAGAGGAAGCAGUUUUGGAGUGAAUGUUACGAAAUUGCCUACUGGUGAUUUCCAGUCGUUGCCGCUAGUAUGCGAAGCUUGACAGAGCCGCCACUCUAGUAGACGUUUCAGUUUUCCGUAAAUAUUUUUUUUUUCUCCGUUCGUUUUUCCCUUUUUUAAGUGUUCAUGUGUUCUUCUUACGGGUUGUUGCCAGUGGCAGCAAGUAACACAAUUUGAGAAUUGUGUACUGUUACCAUUAUCUUUCGAUUUCUGCUCUCGCUUCUUUAGUUUACACGUCUGGCUCAUCUCUUGACUAAGUGGAAAGUAAUAUAUCUUCGCGGAACACAAAUGGCUGUAAACAAGUGUGUUUUUUUUUCCUGUCGAAAUGAAAUGGUGCCGUGCGUGGUAAUAUUGGAAUGUACCAUGAUCUCGGUUUUCAGCUCCUCGGCUCGCAAUGCAAAGAAACACGCAUGGUUCAGAUGAAGACGAAA